CAAUAGUUUUACGUUUUACUCAAUAUAAACAUAAAUUUAGUUGUUUUCCAUUGUUUACGGUCGGAAUAAACGACCGAUACCAAAGUAGCCCAGAAUGAUUGGGUAUUUUGGCAUAACUGAAUUUUACGCUUGAUAUUAAAUUAAAGUUCAAUUUUUAUUGAAAAUAGACUCGUAUAUAUAUAAUAUAAAAAUCAAUGGUGACAAACGGGCCAUCAUCAUGGAAAGGCCACUAUUCAAAAACAUCAAAACUGAACCAUGUAGUCUUCCUUGUGAACAGUUGCUGGUUGCUGACAUAGAAAUAAAACAAGAAUCAGAGAUAGAAAUAGGCGAAAUAGAUGAAACAACCUUUUUGCAAGGAUACCCAGAAUCAUCGAAAACGGCCACCAAUUCAAAUAAUCUCAAAUCGAUCGAAGACGUUACGAUUUACGAUCAAAUCAUCAAAGAAGAACCAGUAUUCUAUGAUGAAGUUAAUAGUCAAGUGUUGUCAUGUCCAGAAACUGAAGAAGAAACAUCGAAAUCAGCUGAAUAUUCUGUGCCCACCAUAAAAUUAGAACUCAAUGAUAAAAAAAAACAAAUAGAAGAUAAAAUCUUUGAAUGUUUCAUUUGCAGAUGUGAAACAAUCAACAUUGGCCUAUUAAAAUGGCAUUUACAAGAACGUCAUUUGCUGGGACCAUUGGUAGGAAACCAGCAAUCAGCGCAGAGAAGUUUACAACAAUCGAAAAAACAAGAGUUGCCGAGAACGAGUGUUGAGCCAAACAGAUUGAAAAAUCGGUAUUCAAAAGCUUUCCAAGCACAAAAGUCUAACCAACAAAAGGACCUCGAUGGACAGCAACACAACGUACAAAAUCAAAGUAAUAAACGUGGGCUCGAGUGUAGCUAUCAUUCGACAAAAAGCCAAUUGAAACCACCCCAAGUGAAAAAGCUAAAUCGAACGAAUGUUAAACAGAAUGGAUCAAAAGAGAAGCAUUCGAACAGUUCCCAAACAAAAAAGUCUCAUAAACAACAUGAUUCCGAUGCACAGCAAAUGAACAGUUUGCAAGGCCAAAUUACUGAUAGCGUGCUAAAAUGUAGCUACUGCCAUAGGAAAUUUAAUACGAUCCAACGUGUAAAAAACCAUGAGCGAAUCCACACAAGCGACCAGCCAUAUAAAUGUUCCAGUUGUUCCAAGGGCUACAACACCAAAGCCCAUUUUGACAUACACAUGCGACGUCAUACGGGUGAAAAACCAUUCAGCUGUGAAACUUGUGGCAUAAAAUUUCAUUCAUCAUUCCAGCUAUAUCGACACAAAAAAGCGCAUGCCAAAAAAAUAGUUCUUGCCGAGCCGCAUUCACAGAGAACGAAAAUCGUCGAAAAUGUUGAACCAAAUGAUUUUGCUAAUUUUCGCAUUUUCGAAUGUUACUUAUGUCGAUUCCGUGGCGGUAUAAGUACGCUACAAGUACACAUGAGGGAAAAUCAUACUGGAAAGAAGCUAUACCGCUGUAAGAUUUGUUCGAAAAAGUUUGCACAUAAAGCAUCCAUUUACAAACACAUGAAUACGCAUUCGAAGAGCAAUCAAUGCGAGUGUAAAGUUUGCGGAAAAACACUGGCCAGCGAAAAUGGCCUAGUGCUGCACUUGCAAACACACAAAGGCGAAUAUAAGCAUGAGUGUAAAUAUUGCCACAAGAAAUAUACAACGAACAAAAUUUUAAGAAGCCACAUUCGAACACACAUCGGCAUUAAACCGUACGAAUGCGAAUAUUGUAAGAGAGGAUUUCUUCGGCAGGCGGAUAUGGUUCGACACACACUCAUACACACCGGCGAAAGGCCUUACAAAUGUGAUAUAUGCGAUGUCACUUUUUCGCGCAAUCAUUUACUUACUGACCACAAAAAGAAUGUUCAUUCUUUGCGGAAAUUUAAAUUGAAUACGUUUUAAUUUAAGUCAUUGUCAAAUGAAAUAUUCAAUAAAACAGAAGUUGUUUUGAAAUUGGUAGAAAUAAGAAUAAAUGAUCAGAAUAAAAUCCAAGAGAAUAAGAAAAAAAAGUAAAUCUUCCGAAAAUGACAAUUUCUCCGAGUUCUAGAGCUUAGUGCGAAUUCGUACUAUAUUCAUUUUAUAAUUGACUGUAUUCAUAAACAAAAAGCAGUUGAAAAAAGAGAACAACAAUGUAAAAAACCUAAAAAGAGGAAGAAUGACAAUAAAAAAAAAGAACACAACAGUUCUAUCAAUCAUGGUUGUUUUUUUUAAUAUUUUAUUUUGGAAAUAAAUAGAACAUUUUCGUACGCAAUAC